AUGGAUACGAGUACCAAUCAAUCGUCAGUGAUAACACCACCAAAUGCUGCCGCGCCUUCAACCUCCAACUACAAGGAGAGCGCCUAUGAAGGAACACAGAAAGUUCGACGCUCGUUACGAGAGAUAAAAAAGCCGAAAUUCGAUGAUGAAAUAGUGGAUAGUGCUGUUACACAAAAAACAAUAACGAGGAAGCGAGUGGCCAUUGAACGUAUGCAUCAUUCACCGGAUAAUUCUGAAAUUAAUGCGGAGAGAAAUGAAAAUGGCUAUUCAUUAUCGAAAAUUUGUAUUCGUAAACGACCGCGUCUUAUCGAUAUAUCUGGUACAAGCUCUUCAUCAGUCAGCGAAGAAAAGCAGCAACAACCGCAACAGUCGAAGAAAUCUGUCAUUCUGUCACAGUUGCCUUCACCAGUUCUCGUCGAUAAGGUCACUGAUCUUAUUUUCUGGUUACAGAAACGUCGUGAAAGAAUUGCAAGUAAAGAAGCUCGGACGAAAGAAUUAGCCAACGCAGCAUCACAGAAUACAGCUGCAUCGGCAAACGUCUUAGAAUCGUUGAAAAAAUGGACUGCAACUGACGAUUUGCAACUUGUUGUUGCUGUUCAACAUACCUGCAGUUUACAAGCAGUUCGUAUUCAUGUAAAUUUUUCUCGUCCAUUCACGCUUUCUGAAAUUGAAGAACGUUGGUACGAAUUACUAUAUGAUGAGGCCGUAUCGAGUAUUGCAAGAAAACGGAUGUAUGAUCUACCUGCAGAAACGAUACGUUCAAUUCAGUCAAGAACUGUUUUCAACAUACGUGAACAUCAGAUAUUAUUUCGUAUCCCGUCCACAGCUCCAAAUCAGAUCUCUACGUUUGAACAAGUUUUGAAAGAACACAGCAAAUCGUUUCAUCACGCACGCACCGCUGAAGUAUUGUUGGAGCAUUGGCGAAAAAUGAAAUCUUGGCAUCUAUUAAUUGAUCAAAACGGAGUGACAUCAGCAAAUGAAAAAGAAGCUUCAGCGUUGUUUUAUAUGGAACGAAAUAAAGAUAUUAAUUUGGCUGGUGACUGGCAGUUAAGUGUGAACGAAGCUCGAUCUUCAUCUGGGUUGUCACGCACGGAUCGAGAUACAGUUACGAGCACAAAUCAUUGGGGGGAGAUCGUGACGUCACGGUGGCCACCAUCUCCGAGAGUGAAUGUAGAGGCAGUAAGUGGUGUGUGGAACGAAGCGCAGAUGGGUGAAGGAGUGUGGGCUGUUUUGAAAGGACGUCUCAUGAGGUAUGCAAUCCGUGGCAAGCGAGUUCUCAUCGGUAGAAAUACCGCCAAACAUGAGGUGGAUGUGAACUUAAAACUGGAAGGCCCGGCAGCACGUAUCUCACGUAAACAGGCAUUACUAAAAUGUCACACGGAUGAGAGCACUGGCUCAGUACAAUGCUUCAUAAAUAAUGUCGGUAAACGACCAAUCUUUGUGGAUGGUAAAACGGUUUUGGAAGGGAGUAAGGCGAGAGUGUUUAAUAAUUCGGUUAUCGAGGUGGCUAAUAUACGACUCGUUUUUGUAGUCAAUUCGAAUCCGAUUACACAAACGGAUGCUGCUACCGCUGCCAAUCAUAACAAUAGUUAUCAUAUUGAUAAUAAUAACUGCAGUACGAUAGCAUCUGUCGCUCCUUCAAAUACAGUUGUAACCACUGACCAACAAUGA